GGCUCAGUACCGGACGACCGAACUGGUCGCGGAAGUUGCUGCACGGAAUUUGCUGCAAUGGCGAGCAAAUUCGCGAAGCAGUAUCAGGUUCCACCCGAGUUCCCGGACAUCCUGAAGGACUUCACGCGGGAAGUGCUGCGAUCACAGCCGGACAACAUCCAUGAAUUUGCAGCCAAGUACUUCGAGUGCCUGGCCAGCGGCCUCCCCGUAGAUGCAGCGCAGGCAACCACCACGGAGGAGCUCGACAUGUCCCUGGAUGAGGUGGAGAGCAUCAUCAACGACCUCUUCAAGAAAUACGACCAGGACGGGAGCCAAUUCUUGGACCCGCUGGAGUUCAAGGCAUUGAUGCAGGACCUGCAGCAGCGACUAGACUUCCCCAAGGACGAAGUGCUGCUGUUCCUGGCUGAGGCGGACAUGAAUGCAGACGGGAAGAUCGAGUACGAGGAGUUCAUUCCCUUGGCCUUGCAGAUCAUCCAGGGCAUGUACGCGAAGAAGCGGUUGGAGCAGCACUUGACCGACGUGGAUCUGCAAGCAGAAGAGCUGCUGGUGCAUGGCAUGUCUAGAGAGGAGCUCACAGGUUUGGUGGGCAGCAUGUUCGAGCGCAUGGACGAGGAUCACAGCGGAAUUCUGAACAAGCAGGAGUUCGUGGCCGCGCUCACCUCUAUGGAGCUGGGGCUCACGCGCCGCGAGAUCAACGCCAUCAUGUUCCAGGUGGACCAGGACCAAGAUGGGAACGUUUCCUACAAGGAGUUCGUACCCUUUGCAUUCGACUUGCUACAGAAAAUGGCGUCGCUUCGGCUCCUGGAGACGGAAUUGGAGAACGAUGAGCUUGCCCAGUACAUCCUGGACUUGUUCAAAGCCAAGGACACUGAGAUGACCGGCAUGCUGGGCCUGGAUGACAUGCGGGACCUCCUGCACCAGGCGAUGCUGGGCUUGACCCGCAUGCAGAUCUACACCGUGCUCAGCGAAGCGGAGGUGAACGCAGACAACUUGAUCUCCUAUGCCAGCUUCGUUCCUAGGGCGGUUGGGCUCAUCCGGUCCAUGCUCUCCUUUGAGAAGGCGAUCGUGAAGAACGACACGGUGGCACAGGACGAGGAGAAGUUCUACACCGCCCUGGACGAGGCGUACGCGGGCAUGGAGGCGCUGAACAUGCCGGAGUUUCUGCAGCGGUUGCAAGGGUGUGGCCUACUGGACGCCAAGGAGAUGGAAGCCUGCAGCCGCAUGCUGGGUACGACCUACUCUGCAGACGAGGUGCCCGUCGAGGAGGCCAAGUCGCAGAUUUGGGCCUUGGUGAAGAACUUGCGCCGCGCCAAAGCCUGACCAGGAAGCGCGGUCUGUUUCUUGGAGGAUUUCAGCAUGGAAGAUGUGAAAAGGAUCGUCUUCUGUUUCACCUGCUGCAUGGGCGUCACGGGCAUGGCUGGGGUAUUGUACCUUGUCCCCUUCUCUUUCUUAAGCUCCGUUUGCCAUGUGCAAUGGCAGGGAGUUAGGAGAAGCUUGCCAAGUGUUUAGCAAAGAAC